GGUUUGCCAGUCCCGCCCUCGUGUUCACAAGUCAUGGGAAGGAAACUGGACCUGUCCGCGCUGACGGAUGACGAGACCGACCAUGUUCUCCAGGUGGUUCAGAGAGACUUCAACCUGCGGAAGAAGGAGGAGGAGCGGCUGAGUGAGAUGAAGCAGAAGCUAGAGGAGGAAGGCAGCAAGUGCAGCAUCCUGUCGAAGCACCCGCAGUUCGUGGCUCACUGCUGCAUGCGCUGCUGUGCGCCCUUCACCUUCCUGGUCAACCCCAAGCGCCUCUGCGGGGACUGCAGGUUCAACGUGUGCAGAAACUGCAGCCUCUACCACAAGCACGAGAAGGCCUGGCUGUGCGGCGUCUGCCAGCAAGCCCGGCUCCUGCGGGCUCAGUCUCUGGAAUGGUUCUACAACAACGUCAAGACUCGGUUCAAGCGCUUCGGCAGCGCCAAGGUCCUGAAGAACCUGUACCGGAAACACCGGCUGGAGACCGGCUCCUGCUUUGACCUUAUAGGAGGAAGCUUACUUGAGUCCAGUCUGGAGAAUGAAGGGAGCAUUUCCGGCAGUGACUCAACUUUCUACCAGCAAUCGGAAGGACACAACAUGAUGGACGCCCUGGCCGUGGCCCUGCGCGUGGCGGAAGAGGCCAUCGAGGAAGCCAUUUCCAAAGCGGAAGCUCACGGGGACAGCUUGGACAAGCAGAACGAGGCGAGUUACCUGCGGGGCCACAGGGAGGAGCUGACCGAGGAGCUGGCCAGCACCAUCCUGCAGAAGAUCAUACGGAGACAGAAGAGCAAAAGUCACAAGCAAGAAGAAGAUGAAGCAGAAUGGCCCCCGUCCCCCAGCGGCAGUGCCAAGGCCCCAGACAAGGGGGGUCCCGCCGCCCCAAGAGGACACCAGGGGCCUGCCCCUCUCGAGCGGUCCCAGUCUGCGUUCUCAUUGGCCCGCGGGGAGGCCGCGUCGGGCCCGCCGGGCGCCGGCGCCCCGCCCCCGGGGGCCCCGCCCACCUGGCCCAGCUGGAGGAGCCUGGACGGCCUCGACGGAGCCGGCGCGGCCCAGGUCCUGCAGAGCUCCGACGGGAACUGGGUGGCCGUGGCCGGGGGCCCCCCGCCCCGCGCCCGCCGGCUCGUCACCCCCAAGGGCGGGUCGCUGCGGGCCCUGGAGGCGGCAUCCAGCGUCCCCUCCGUCUACGAGGAGAUGGCGGCCUCCGACAGCGAGGAGGACUUGGACUGGGGUGACGCCUCGAGCAAGCCGUACCCGAAGCCCAGCGGGCCGCCCCAGCCCGGCUCCCCGGCCGCGGGGCUCCCCCCGCCCCCGGGCCCCCCCGCGGUUGACUCGGACUCGGAGAGCUCCUCGGCCGGCUCUUCCCGGGAGGCGGGGCGCCGGGCCAGGCCGCCCUGGCCGCGGAGGAAGGCCCCCCAGAGCCCGGCGCGCCCCCAGGGAGAGCUGGACGUGAACUCCAACCCGCGGGCCCCCCGAGGGCAGACGUCGGACAGCAGCGAGCCCGAGGAGGCGCCGGAUCCGCACCCGCACGCGCAGAGGGUACUGGGUCUCCCGCGUCUGCCUCCCCUGCAGGUGUCCCAGGACUCCCCAGAGGCCGAUCCCCAGCGCCUCCCGGCCAGAAGCAGACUGCACGAGCUCGCCAGGAGAAUGAGCGAGAAGGAGACGUCAUCCGGGGACGAGCAGGAGGCCGAGGACCCGAAGGAAAGUCUGCCCCCCGAUGGGGACCCCCAGCGCGCCCAGGAGGAGCCGAAGAAGGAUCGCCCGGACGCCUUGGCGGUGCGCGCCGAGCUGCAGCUGCUGUCCACGGUGCUGCAGCAGAAGUAUUCUGCUGUCUCUCUCUGCAACAUCUCCACAGAAGUGCUCCGUGUCAUCAACGCCACGGAGGAGUUCCUAGCCGAGUCCGAGGGGCCCGCGGGGCCCGGGCCGCGCCCACCGCCCGCUCCGCAGGCCGAGCGGGGAGCCUUUCCCCUCGGCACCGACCAGGAGAGCCUAGACCGACAGCUGACUUCCCUGGAGGGCAAUGUGUACCUGGCCGCAGGGACUGUGUAUGGCCUGGAGGGUCAGCUAAGCGAGCUGGAGGACGCCGCUCGCGGUAUCCAUAGCAACACCAACGAGACGGAGCUGGCUGAUCUAGAGGACCAGGUGGCCACCGCGGCUGCACGCGUGCACCACGCCGAGCUCCAGAUUUCGGACAUCGAGAGCCGGAUUUCAGCGCUGACCAUUGCGGGCUUGAACAUCGCCCCGUGCGUGCGCCUCACCAGAAAACGCGACCAGAAGCAGAGGAGCCAGGUCCAAACCAUUGACACGUCGAGGCAGCUAAGAAGGAAACUGCCUGCCCCACCGGUAAAAGCUGAAAAACUAGAAGCAUCUUCAGUGACCGCCACGAAAGCAUUUAACCGCAACUUUGUUCUCCAAGGCUGCUCAGCAAACAGGCCUGCAGAAAGGAAAACCUCCACCCAGGGCCCCAUGGAGCCCGCGCUGGGGUCGGCUGCGACGCACUAACGCCGUGGAACUCCAUCGCCAGUGACCCACUCACUGCCUCCGGCCUCACACGACAGUGCCUUGACUCCACCGCCAGCCAUCGAGUUCCUGUGGGGAUCAAACCCCGCC